CUUCUGAUUAAGUUAAUACAUUUUCUUGAUCUUCCUUAUCCAUUUUUCUAUUGAGAUUAUCUGGAUAGUCAUGCUAUUUAAUUGCCCUACAGCUGGUUAUGUGUGCUGAGAUUUGAGUAAAGAGUUGGUUCUAAGGCUUAAACCUAUCCUAUUUGAUGAACUGCAUUAUUUCAGAUUUGAUUAUGGAUCACUUGAACUGUAUUGCUGACAUUUCAUUUUUGCUAAUGCCUCAGUUUCCUUCAAACAAUUAGUAUCCUCUUGUCCUGGACCCUUGAUGCUAGUUUCAAUCAUGUGCCCAGAUCAUCAUUUCAAGAAAGGCAUGAUAAAAGAAGGGUUGUGCAGAAGCCUUAGUGGAUUCAACCAUAAAUAGGUUGGUGCUUGGGAAAAAAGGUAUGUUGUGAGAUAGGCUUACUUUCCGGAAGUUGCAAAUUUUUUUGUUUUUCCAAUUUCAUUCAAUUUUAUUUUCACCCACAUUUCAAAUUAUGCUUAGUUGUGGUCAAUUCAUGCAAAAUCUUGUAUAUACAUUUGGUUUUUGUGUUUCAAUGUGAAUAAAAGGCAUUCAUUUUAUAAUACAUCAUAAUUGAAGUGAUAAAGCAUGCCAUUUCAUACUUGUAGAUUCAUUUGCUGGAAGAAGAUUAACAGGAGGGGUUCAUGAAUAUAAAUGUUAGAAUCUUUUAUGGACAUUGUAUGGUUUGAGUAACAGGAUUUGUCCAAUCUAAUAUACUUAAGUGGCUCUCGACAUGAGAAAGUAGUUUGUUUCAGUGUCUUGUAGGCUUCAGCACGUCAACAAAAUCCAACCAUGCCUUGUGAAGAUGAGCGAUGGUAAUUGAAAGAGAAAUCCAUGCAAAUUCUAAGUAAGUUUAAUGCCUAAAUCCACCCUAUUUGAUGAGUUGGUUUAUUUCAGAUCUGAUCACAGAUCACUUGAACUGUAUUCCAGACAUUUCUUUUUUGCCAAUGCCUCUAUUUUCUUAGAACAAUUAAUGUGUUGGUUAAAUGAAAAUGGUUAUAUGCUUUAUGCAGUGCUCCGAUCUUGAUUUGAAGAAAAGGCAUCAUAGAAGAAGGGUUAUGCUGAAGCCUUUAGUAGAUUUGAUUAUGAAAAGGUUGGUGCCUGCACGAAAGGUAUGUUCUGAGAUAUGAUUAAUUUUUGGAAGUUGGAAUCCUUUUCCUAGUUUCAACUACCUUGUUUCUUUUUUCUUUCUUUCUAUUCUGAAUAAAUUGGAUGCAAAAGGCAAGACAUUCUAAGGGGAUUUUUCUACAAUCUAGAAGAGGAAAAAGUUAUAAUCUGUGGAGAUAUUGCUAAGCUUGUAGCAGAGUUGUACUUGAAAUGCAAAUAACAAAAUCAAUACAAAUCAGUCUUGUAGACACAUUGUAUGAUUUCUCUCUUUACAUUUUUGGGAACUUGUUUUUUGUUGUUUAGGCUAAGAAUCGAUAUAUAAAUAUUGACAUCUGACAAGCUUGUAAUCUUAUUUUUUCUGGCUCAGAGCAUGCUCUUCUGGAAAAGUUUCUUCUUGCUGGAAGGAAGACUUAUUGUGCAUUUCAAAAUUGCAAGUUUCUUUCUGCAAGGCUGAGUUAGUUAAAAAAUGAAAUUGGAAGGGCAUAUAGAACAGCACAUUCGAAUGGGAUUUUUCUUGAAACUAGAAGUGGAAAGGUUAUAGUCUGAAGUGAUAUUGCCAAGCUUGUAACUAGAUUGUGCUUCAAAUGCAAAUGACAAAAAUAAUACAGUUUAGUCCUCUAGAUACCUUCUCAAGCAUGCCCUUCUGCAAGAGUUUCUAAUUUGAAUUGCAAGUUUUUAUCAACUUGGCUGAGUCAAGCAAAAGAGUAUCAGAGGGGUGCCUUUUGUUAAGAAGCUUGAGCCUCCUUCAAAUGAAAAAAGUUUGAUUGCUGCAGAUUAGAAAGUUGCUGUCCCAGGCUCCCAACAUUUUGAGAUUUGACCAGCGUGUCCUCUGUAGUAAAUUUUCCUCUUGGAGAGAGUAACUCAAUUUUCUCCUACAUUCGCUUGUGACCUUAUGACCUCUGCUUUUAUGCUUUGGAAGAGACAAAGAUUAGUUGAUCUGCCAUUUCAUUUUUGUAUUCUGAGUUUGGUAGUCGCACAAAUUGUAUUUAAGUUCACAAGAUUGAUUUCUCACUUAACAAUAAGGGAGCACAACAUUGAGCAAGAAAGCUCACUUGUGUCCCAUCAGAAUCAUUUAUUUUAGUAGGAACUUGAAGAUUUUGGCAUUUUAAAGCAGUAUUUAAUUGGAAUUUGAGCUUGAUGGUAACUUUAUUGAUCUGGUUUAAAUUUUCUGUAAAUUUUGAACGAAUCUAUCAAUACCUUUUAAGUGAUGUAUUAAAAGAAGAAUCUCAAAUUGGUGUUUCUGGCAUGUGGAUAGGCAUACAUUGCAGAGGAGGGUGAAGACUUAUUGCUACCAGAUGCAUAUUUGUCAUUAUUGGCCCGACUUGGAUUAGGAACUGAGAACCUCGUUGCUCAUCUAGAUCUAAAGGCGGUUAGUGAGAAAUUGUUAAAAAGUGCAAAGGGUUACCAUUCACCGUAAAAAUUGUUAAGUGAUUUCUUGCGUAAUAAAUUAAAUUGUAAUGA